AAAAAAGGAAGAAAAAAAAGGAAAAAGGUUUGACAACAUGGCGCACUUUCCUAGAGGAAAGUUACUUUUGAACAGCGCAUAGAGCUGAGCUUUUAGUGGACUUCCUUUUUGCGCUUCUCUACCUUCUUCUUCAAAGCAAAGAGGACUAUUUGGAGAAACAUCAGAGCGCUUCUUGAUGCAAGAAAAGCUCGACACUAAAUCUGCAGAGAUUGGGAUGGGAUGAGACCGAUAAGCCGUUAUACAAACACACGCAGUCAGCCAGGAUGGAGAAACAAGCGACUCUGAAAGAAAAGUUUUCCGUCUUUGGCUCUCGGACGUCGGGAAGGCCUAUUCGGAGCAUUGCCAGGGACGACGGGCCUCGGUGUGGCCUCAGCAAGGCCGAGUUCAUGGAGAAAGUGCGACAGAGCAAUGAGGCAUGUCAGAGGGGUGACUUCCAGGAGGCCGUGCGUUUGUACGGCGAGGCUUUGCAGGCCGAUCCACAGAACUGCAUCCUGUACAGUAACCGGUCAGGAGCGUUCCUCAAACUGGGCCAACACCAAGCUGCUCUGGAGGAUGCCGAAAAAGCCUGUGGGCUCAAUCCAAAGUGGCCAAAGCUCAUUGGAUGCUAGAGUGGAAAGUCAGAGGUUAACGAGUCGGGUCCCCCCCUGAAUUCAAAGCAAGCUUCAAGCUCCCAGGCUGACAAACGCAGGUGCAGGAAUCAGUUGGG